CUCUUAUUUGAAAAUGAAGUUGAAAAGCAACUGACCCUUCAGGAUGCAUAUGACCAGAAGGAGGCACAGAUCCACAAGAUGAUGUAUGAAACCGUCAGCACCUUGAUCUUCAUGCAGAUUAAAAAUAAACCCUCUGCUGCUGUAAUGUGGAAGAAGCUCACUUCCAUCUUUGAAGAAAAGGUGUUUUGA